AUGACUUGGCCAGCCUUGCCGAAUCGCGCUGCUUAUUUGGCCAUCAAGAACGGAAAGCGUCGGAAUGCCCUGUCUCUUGCGGUCUUGCGGGAUUUGCGCGAUCAACUGCAUGCGUACAACCAAUCACCCAUUGACGGCCGCGUGAGGAUCCUGCCACCGUUCAAGCCAGGAAUACUCGAGGAGCUGGAAGUGGCCGCAAAAGACCAGCACUCCGAAGCUGCAAAAGAACAUGGAUGGCUCCUUGACAUUGAAAAGUGGCAAGAGCACCGACAGGGACUACCCAAUGUUAUUGUGUUGCGCACUGAGGGAUCUGUGUUUUCAUCGGGCCACGACUUGGGCGAACUACGAAGAUUGAGCCAUGAUGAAGUAAAGGAGACAUUCGCCCUCUGCGCCGAAGUUAUGUCCUUGAUCAGGCGCUCUCCAGCCCCAGUGAUUGGGGUUAUCCAAGGGCUGGCGACUGCCGCUGGGGGCCAGCUCGCUCUGACGACGGAUCUUCCACUGGCAUGUGCUUCAACUGGAUUCCGCUUGCCGGGAGCAUCGUUGGGGCUGCCUUGCACGUCUCCAUCCACUGCCGUUUCACGCAGACUAGGGCAUGCAUUCACGUAUCGGAUGCUUGCUCUAGCCGAGCCAGUGCGGGCGGAUCAGCUUCCAGGAGGGGCAGUUGAUGUGUUUCCAGAUGAGGCAGCUCUGGAGAGGCGGGUUGCCCAGAUAGUUAGUCAAUUGUCAGAGAAGACGGCAGCACAGCCACAGGCGCUGGGCAAAUGGGGAUAUUGGACACAGUUGGGAUUGUACGGGGCUACAUCUGCGUCGGGGGGUGAUGGCUAUGAAGAUGCAGUAGCAUGGACUGGCAGGCUCAUGGCUCUGCACGCGAGAUCUGCAGAUGCUAGGGAAGGUAUUAAUGCCUUUUUUGAGAAACGGCCGCCUGUGUGGAAGCUCUAG